GUAGUGCUGUGAGUCGAGACGUCGACCAAACCAUCAAGUCUGAUUUGUGUAUUAUCUUCUUCUGACAGCGUUUGAUCUCAACUCCAGCAUGGCAGAAGACCAAGACAAACGCAAAACUAUCAACUGCUCCUCGUCAAUGCUUUAACAGAGGGCGCUUUGGAAGAGAUGAUGGAAGAUCCUGAAUAUUUUGAUGAGGACACUGAUGAAUUCCUAGGAGACCUUAACUGCACAGACGCAUUGGGAAAUACUGGUAAGUUGUAUUCAAAGGCUACUUCACUACUACUCACAUUCGUGACGCAUCUGGAAGCCCUUCACCUUGCUGCACGUCAAGGGCAUCCGGCUGAUGUAGCAGCUCUCUGUGGUGGGGCUGUCGACCUUGACCUCCAUAACAAGAAAGGCGAUACACCACUUUAUAUCGCUUUGAAGGAGGUUGACGAUGCUGAGGCACGUUUUGAUAUUGUCACAGAACUACUAAGUUGUGGCGCAGAGAGCAAACAGACAAUGCCAGGCGGACUCACACCACUAGAGUACGCGAAAAGCCGAUAUCCUUCAGAAAAGAAUUUACACGACAUUAUCGCAAAUCCUCCACGCGAUGAUGAUGAGGAUGAAUUACAGCCAGAACAAAUGAGGAAGCAAAUGUAUGACAAGAGUGAUUUUGCAGACUAUGACGAUGAUGGAUCGAGCCCGGAGACCGAAUAGAUGAUAUACUAAGAUCAUUCGCACUCCUUGAAUAUUAUAGACCAACGGGGCUCUUCAGGAUCCAAAGUUAUUUAUGUACUUUUCCUUCGAUCUCGUUCCAAUCUUGCUUUGGGACAUGAUGUUCACAUCAACGACCAACUUAGACAACUCGACAGUUUACAAUCAUAUCUGUACAUCGU